UUCAUACAUCAAUAAGCUUUUAUUUUGCUGUGUGGAAUGAAAGGACGCCUUAGUUACUAUUCAGUUCAAAUAUUACCCAUUAGUUUGAUAAAAGUGACACAUCUACGGGGGAUGAAAACACACAGACUUAGAACAAACGUGAAAUACCCUGCCUGAUGCCCCUCUACAUAUGGCUACCGGUCAUUGACAAAUACAGUACUAAACAGCGCUAAAAUUAGCGCCUGCGCAUUACCUAUGCCCGAGUCCCCGAUACAAGAUGGCGGAGACGGUGGGGAGGGAGAGGCGGAGGCGGGUCCGGAUUGAAUAGUGCAAAGCCUAUACAGGAUUCCCGACGAACCUCAACAAGGGCAGGACAGAUGAGGAGAAAUGACAAGUGAAAAUCAUGGCACAGUGAAGGGGGAGUCGGCGGUGGUGAUGUCUCCCACUGGCUCCGCGGCCCAAGGGCCACCUCUCAUGCCCUCCACCAGCAAAGCAGCAAGCCAGGAGCUACCUGAUGAACUGGUUCAGGCUGGCUGGGCAAAAUGUUGGAGCAAGAGAGAGAAUCGGCCAUACUAUUUUAAUCGCUUCACCAACCAGUCGCUGUGGGAGGUGCCUGUGCUUGGACAGCAUGAUGUUAUCUCUGACCCUCUGGGUCUGAACGCGGCGCCGGUGUCUGGGGAUGCCGGAGCUGCCAGUGCUGGUGCUGCUGCAGCUGCUGCUGGUGCUCCUGGCGGGGCUGGAGAUGCGAGCAUGGGCAACGGACAGCGCAAGAGAAGGCCCUCAGAGGAGGCCGCCUUAGGGGGGCCAAACAGCUUCAAGAGGCCCAAGGUGGAUAUCCCCGUAACCCCCACAACACCCACAGUCCCCAUCUCGCCCAGCACCCCGGGGGCCAAACCGUGGAACUCCACUUCCUCAGAAGACAAGCCCAUGCAGCCCCAGCCCGCAACACCUACCACCACAGCCCCCGCACCUGCCCCCGCUCCAUACCGUCCUUCUGUCAUCUAUUGGGACCUGGAUAUCCAGACGAACGCGGUGAUCCGGGAGAGAGCCCCAGCAGACCUGCUGCCCCCUCACCCCGAGAUCGAGUUGCAACGCGCCCAGCUCACCACCAAGCUGCGCCAGCACUACCACGAGCUCUGCUCCCAGCGGGAAGGCAUCGAGCCUCCUCGUGAAUCGUUCAACCGGUGGCUGCUGGAGCGCAAGGUGGCGGACAAAGGGGUGGAUCCCCUGCUGCCUAGCGAGUGUGACCCCAUCAUCUCACCGUCCAUGUUCCGCGAAAUCAUGAACGACAUCCCCAUCAGGUUGUCUCGCAUCAAAUACAAAGAAGAAGCCCGGAAGCUCUUGUUUAAGUAUGCUGAAGCUGCAAAGAAAAUGAUCGACUCAAGAAAUGCCACACCAGACUGUAGAAAAGUGGUCAAGUGGAAUGUGGAGGACACGAUGAACUGGCUGAGGAAAGACCUCUCUGCAAGCAAAGAAGACUACAUGGACCGUCUUGAGCACCUGCGUAAACAGUGUGGUCCCCACGUGACCGCCGUGGCCAAGGACUCGGUGGAGGGCAUUUGCACCAAGAUCUUCCACAUUUCAGCUGAGUAUGUGCGGCGCAUCCGGCAGACUCACCUCACCCUCCUCAAAGACUGCAACAUCGCAGUGGAUGGUCCUGCAGAGUCCGAUGUGCAGGACCGCCUGGUCUACUGCUACCCCAUCAGGCUUGGCAUCAACUCACCGACGCAGCCUCGCGUGGAGCUGCACUUCGAAAAUGACGUUGCCUGCCUACGCUUUAAGGGCGAGAUGGUGAAAGUCAGUCGCAGCUACUUCGCCAAACUGGAACUUCUUUAUCGGUAUAGUUGCAUCGACGACCCGAGGUUUGAGAAGUUCUUGUCGCGUGUGUGGUGCCUUAUAAAGAGAUACCAGGUGAUGUUCGGCUCUGGUGUGAACGAGGGCACAGGUCUUCAAGGUGCUCUCCCCGUUCCCGUGUUUGAGGCCCUACACAAGCAGUUUGGCGUCACGUUUGAGUGUUUCGCCUCGCCUCUUAACUGUUACUUCAAACAGUUCUGCUCGGCCUUCCCCGACAUCGAUGGAUUCUUCGGAUCCAGAGGUCCCUUCCUCAGCUUCUCUCCAGCCAGUGGGUCGUUUGAGGCAAACCCUCCAUUCUGUGAGGAACUCAUGGAUGCGAUGGUGACACACUUUGAGGAUCUACUAGAUCGCUCCAGCGAGCCCUUGUCCUUCAUCAUCUUCGUACCGGAGUGGCGUGAUCCACCGACCCCCGCCCUGACGCGCAUGGAGGACAGCCGCUUCAAACGACACCAGAUGAAUGUGCCGGCCUUCGAGCACGAGUACCGCAGUGGAUCACAACACAUCUGCAAGAAAGAGGAAAUGUACUACAAGGCCGUCCAUGGGACUGCAGUCAUCUUCCUCCAAAACGCAGCUGGCUUUGCCAAGUGGGAGCCCACAGCCGAACGCAUCCAGGAGCUCCUGGCUGCCUACCGCGUUUCCGGCCGUGCCCUGCCCUCACCGGGCACCUCCUCCUCCACCCCCACCCCCACCUCCACCACCUCUUCCUCCACCCCCACCAGUGCAGGAGGAGGUGGAGAAGGAGGAGUUGGAGAUGGCGCGGGGGACAAAGACUGCAAGGCCGCGCCUGAGCGCUCCGCCAGCCUGGACACGUCAGGUAGCCAGGACUGUGGUAGUCCAGGAGACAAGGCGACGCCAGACGCAGCAGCAGCAGCAAGUGUCUAAUGGGGAGGGUGUGUGUGGGUGUGCGUGUGCGUGCUUGUGUGUUUGUGUGUGUCUGUACAUACGUACGUACGUACCGUAUAUGUCAGUAAGAGGCGCUACUCUGGAGUGCUGCUGAUAGAGUUUGCUAUUGGGAUUGAAUCUCAGUUUAUUAGCACUAUAUGGGGGUGGUCUAUGAUUCAUGUUUACUUUUCUCUGCCUCUUCUAUUUAAUAUUAGUUUUGGUUAACUUGUGUUAUUGCAGUUUUGUUACUGUUGUCUUUUUGUUUUGUUUUUUUUAAUGGCGUAGUUGUCUAGAUCGUUGAUUGGCAUUAUGGUGGUUCUACAGUUCGUUCUGUCAUUCUGGUCAUUGUUCUUUUCUGUGCUUGCUAAAGGUGCAAGUCUCAUUGGCUGAAAUUAGGCGGGAGAAAAAUCCUUCAGUAGAAGGAUGGUUUUUUUUGUGCGUGUUUUUUAUUUUUAUUUUUUAGUUGCCUUGUUGGGGCAACUGAAGGGAGACGUACAAACCCUUGAUUUUUGGCAGCUAUGUUUUUGUAAAGAAGAAAAAAAACCUUCCAUCCAUAUCCCUUCCUGUACCCAUCUCUGUCAGUUAAUUCUUGUACAUAACCACCCCUUUCAUAGUAAAAACAGAUUCAUAUUACAUAGUGCAUUACUACACGCAUUACUACUACCCCGUCUACACGCAAAAGCUGUGCUGUCUGUUCCCAGUGUUUAGUAAAAGCUGAGCUGGACAUGACCUGAUUUGAGGAGUCCCAUGUUUUGUCUCUUGGGAGUGUUGGCCUCUGAGUGGCAUCCACGAGCCUAAUUGUUAUGUCAUGGCCCAACCAACCCCCUAUCAAAUGCUAGGUAGACCAGGCUGCUUUCUUCAGCUGUUUUGUUUCUUGCUUGCAGGGGAGACUGCUUAUUUAGACACAGGAAAUGGGAACAGAUUUUUCACUCUAAUCUGUUGGCCUGUUCUGAACCUUCAUUUGAGGGCUCGUGCACAUACAUGCUUCUGUUUUUGUCUCUCACAGCUACUUUUUAAAGAAGAUUAGUGACUCACAUUUGCGUUGACCAUAACUGGAUAUCACCGGCCCCCAUACUACUACCUGUACCACCACCACCACCACCAUCUCCGUCCAUCCCCUCCCCAAUAACACCCUCUUUUGACAUGUCAACUAGACUAACGAUCGACUAUAUUAAAUGCCUGAACCCUAGUGAAAUAACAAUCAAAUGUGUCUGCGGAGACAGACAGGAUUUCAUCCUCCAUAUUCCGUCUUUAUUGUGUCUGCGAAUUGAUCAGUUAUUGUCUAAGUCACCGCCACAGCAAGGAAAGCUGCUGUAUGUGUGUAUGUGACUUAUUGCAUAUUAGAGAGUGCCACUUUGACUUGUCCCUCAUAAGGCCUUAUUUUUUUAUUCAACACCCCCAGAAAUUCACUGAUAAGGAGCUGCCUUAUCUUGAACAUGAUGAGUCAAGCCCACAACCUCAUCAUGCAGGGCAGUUCAAUAGUACAGGUGUAUCAAUAAAGGUAAAUGUGAUCAUUUUUCAUCACACACAGUAAUAGGAGCCAUGUUUGAGAGAGAAAGGUCGCCAUCUAAUGGCCAGGAGGUUAUUUGUCACCUUUUCUGUUUUAUUCAGGUUUUUUUUAUUAUUAUUAAUUUGACCGAAACCCUCUUGUAUGUAAAAUCACAAUAUAAUAUAUAAUACAUUUCUCUGUGUUUUUAUAUUAAUUUGUAAUCAAUAAUAUUAAUUAUAGAUGAACGCACACAGAGACCCUUAGAGAAGUUAGUACUUUUUGUGUUGUUUCAAACUUUUAAUGGAUGGCAUGCCUAAACACCCUAUAUAUUUAAAACACAAAUUUUAUUUUUGCCAAUGUUAUACCACCCAUAUGCUCAGUGACCUUGUAUUCCUUGCCUGCUGUUGCAUACAAAGUCAUUUUUGUAUAACAUUUGCGGACCCUAAAAUUAGGUUGUAGCUUACAAACUAAACAUGUCUUUUUCAUGCAUUGAGCCUAACUCAGUGAACAUUGGUUGUCCUAAUUAACUGGGACCAGUCAUGCCUAAAAUGGGAUGUGAUAGCUAGCCUGCUAGACAUUACAUUUUAAGACAUAUUGGAGUUUCCCAUCGAUGGUAAUAAGGCCUAAGUAUAGUUCUGCCCUUUUUUGAAAGUGUCUUCUUUUUUAAAUAACGAAGCAAGUCACUAACAUAAUUUAUGAUAAUCUAAUUUUGACUGUUUUUUUUUUUCAUUUUGAUUUGAGAUGUUUACACCUGUUAGAGAUUAGUGUGCAUCACUAGGCAGCAUAAUGAAUGUAAAAUUAAUAAUAAAAAAAAAUAAAGAGGUCAGACUAAGGGAUUUGAAAAUAUAUACAGUAUAUAUAAUAAAUAUAUACAGACACAUAUUCUGUUAGGUGCGAUAUGAAGUGUUCUUGUAGACUUUCUUCUUGAUGUUCAGUUCAGCUUUAUUGUAAUUAGUGACACUACAAUCACUGCAUCCCAUGGUAGCUGAUACACCCCUGAAACUGAUCUUAGACCUGUAGUCUCACGUAACUUCCCUUUUAAACCCGUUUGUACAUAAUAACGAGUGAGGGGUACCUACUCAACCUUUCCUGCCACCGUUCCUAGGCUCUUUUUCCUCAACACUCUGGUGUAAGCACCAUGCUCUCUCCAUAAAAGACUUAGCUCCUGGCAUUAAAAGCCAACAUUUUGUCCAUGCUGUCGACAUCAUGCUUUUUCUUGUCUGAUUCUUGAACAGAAGUUGUAAUCAUAACCUCAGACUUGAGAGGCCGGGGAAAAAACCUUCUCCUCGGUCCUCCUCAGUCAGGAUUCUUUGAGCGUUGAGCACCUGUUGGAUAAAGGUCCCUGAGUGCGUCUGUCACCAGCAAAAAAAAAAAAAAGUAAAAAAUAUAAAAAGAGACUGUAGAUAUUGUACAGGAAAUGGGUAUGAAGUAUGUGUUAUAUUUCUCUAUGCCACACAGUUGUAUUGAGCUCUUUUGAAAAUCUAAAUGUAUAUUUGUCUUGUCUCCAUGCUUUUUUAUUUGUUGGAUUUUUUUUUCAUUAUUUUUUUCCAAGCAAUCUGUUUAAUUAUACAGUUUAUGAAACAGAAGACAUUUUAAUCUAAACCAAAGUGUUAUUAAAAGAAGAUUUUAUCUUGUAAGUACUCGUAGAAUUAUGUAUGAUUUGUGUCAGUAAUGCACAAGGUGUAACCAGCGAAAUUACCCCUUGAGUUUAUUUUUGUAAUUUACUUUUUUGUGUUCUAUCAAAAUUUAUGUUUGGAAUUUAUUGUGCAUGAACUGAUAUUUUCACAAUCUAAAAUUAUUAAAUGUAUGUAUUAAAGUAGCUCAUUGACUUUGCUCUACUUAAUCAUUUUUCUUAAGAAUCUUAUUUUCAUACAUUUUUCAGAUGUCUUCAAAUUGACCAGAUUUGUUUACUUUUAAGUUCACACAGUGUGUAGAUCUGUAUACCAAGAAUGUUUUUAUUAAUGUACUUCAUAUGGGCAAAUAUAAGGUGAAUGUAGA